ACACCAUAAUACCAUACACCCGUUCAUAAUGUUCACCAAGGCAUAAUACCCGUUACCCAUUUUCUUAUUCACGUAUUAUUCCCUUUUCCAUUCCUGUUCCUUUGCCUUUGCAAGACCAAUUCAAAUAAUUCCCAAAAGUCAAAAAUCAAAAUCACCAAAUCUUCUCACCUUGCCCCUGCCCGUAGCCGCCGAGUGCCGACGCCUGCGCCCUGCUGACUGCCGCGAGUGACGGUGAGUCCGUGACCGUGACACAGCGUCUCACCGACUCGCCGCCUGGUUGCCGACUUGGGUUAGGUUGUAGGUAAUUCCUGGCUCCACCCCUACAUACCGACAACCGCUUUCCGUUCUCCACUUCAUGAUGUUUGUAACUCCUUUCAACCUUUCGUCGGGUCUGAUUUGGAGUAGAUGUGAAGAAUGUUCAAGAGAUUAUCGACUAAAUUGUUGAAUAUAACAAUAGCUUCCCUUUGCAGAACUAAACAGUUGGAGAAAGCGGAAACUGCUAUAAUUGAUGGCAUUAGAUUAGGCAUCCUACCGGAUGUGGUGACAUACAAUACUCUGAUGACUGGAUAUUGUCGAGUUGUUGGUUUUGAUGCAGGUUAUUCUAUUCUCCAAAGGAUGAAAGAAGCUGGGGUAAACCCAGAUGUUGUUACAUAUAAUUCUUUGAUGGCUGGUGCUAAUAGGCAAAGCUCAUUAUUUCAAUGCUUUGAUAUGCUUGAAGAGAUGCUCAACAUGGAAAUUGUUCCUGACUUGUGGAGUUAUAAUACACUGAUGCAUAGCUUUUUCAGGUCACGAAAGCCAGAUGAGGCUUACAGGGUUUUCCAAAAGAUUAUUCUUCAGAAUAUCUCUCCAUGUCAAGCCACGUAUAAUACCUUGAUUAAUGGACUCUGCAAGAACGGAUACAUAAGUAAUGCUGUUUCCUUAUUUAGAAAUUUGCGGAGUUAUGGAUACCUUCCCGAGAUAAUCACAUACAACAUUCUGAUUAAUAGACUGUUUAAGUCUGGAGAGUUCACGUCAGCAAUGAAGCUUUUUGAUGAGCUUAGAGAUUCAGGGUUAAGAGGUUCCAUCAAGCAUCUAAACUCCUACUAUCUUGUAUUAGAGCUGGGAUGAGAAUUCUUAGAUCGGACCAAAGGGCAG